AGCAACAGCUGACUGUGACACUUGUGUUCCCAAGAAGAAGAGCAAUUUGUUGAAAAAAUCGCAAUUCGCCAAUUACAAAAUUAGAUUCGUGCAAUCGCAGGCAUCUGGUGCCCCCGUUUUGUGGGCCAACCCAGUGGCGUGACCGUGAGCAGUGGUGCAUGCGAAGAUCCGAGGGAACAGCGCCCCCGCAAUCCACUGCAACCUGAUAUGAGAUCAGCCAGGCGGAGCGUCCAGUUGAUUCCAGCCAAGUAGCCAGCAUGUUUCGGAGUCGCAGUUGGUUUGGCGGACCCUGGGGCGGCCGCCCCAAGAACCGUCUUUCGCUGGAGCACCUUAAGUACCUGUAUAGCAUUCUGGAGAAGAACACCACCGUGUCGGAAAGCAACCGCGGUCUGCUGGUGGAGUCGCUGCGCUGCAUCGCAGAGAUCCUGAUUUGGGGUGACCAGCAUGACUCCCUGGUGUUUGACUUCUUUCUGGAGAAGAACAUGCUCUCCUAUUUCCUGCACAUCAUGCGGCAGAAGAGUGGCGGCUCCAGCUUCGUGUGCGUCCAGCUGCUGCAAACACUCAACAUUCUGUUCGAGAACAUACGCAAUGAGACGUCUCUGUAUUAUCUUCUGAGCAAUAACCAUGUUAAUUCCAUAAUGGUGCACAAGUUCGACUUCUCCGACGAGGAUGUGAUGGGCUAUUACAUACUUUUCCUGAAGACACUCAGUCUAAAGCUGAACACACACACGAUCCACUUUUUCUACAAUGAACACACAAAUGAUUUUCCCUUGUACACGGAGGCCAUCAAGUUCUUCAAUCAUCCCGAGUCUAUGGUGAGAAUAGCUGUGCGCACCAUUUCCUUAAAUGUCUACAAGGUUCAAAACUCCAGCAUGCUGCGUUUUAUCCGAGACAAAACGGCCGCUCCUUACUUUAGUAAUCUGGUCUGGUUCAUUGGCAAACACAUUCUGGAACUAGAUACUUGUGUGCGCACAGAUAUAGACCAUCAGUCAAAUCAGAAGCUGUCCAAUUUAGUGGCUGAGCACCUAGAUCACUUGCACUAUUUAAGCGAUAUUCUUCUGCUCGACAUCAAGGAUCUGAACGCAGUGCUGACCGAGCACCUGCUGCAUAAGCUCUUUGUGCCCCUGUAUAUAUUCUCACUGACGCCAGCCCCACCACCGCCCUCGCUGGCGGUGGUCACCCAGAAUCUGGCUGCCGUGCUCAAUCGCAACGUGGACAUCGACAUCCAGGAGAUGCACAACCCGCGAGUGAGUUCAAUCGUGGCCCUUUUCCUGCUCUCAUUGGUCUUUCUGGUGGUAUCGCAUGCCCCUCUGGUGCAUGCCCUGGCAUGGGUCAUUCUCAACGGCGACCACAGCGUCUUCAAGGAGGGCGCGGCCGAGAUUCUCAAUUCGUACGUAGAGCACCGCGAGGUUGUUGUGCCAGGAUUCGGAGAGCCCAACGAGAGUCUCGAACAGGCCCUCGACACGGUCACCGGCCAGUCCAGCGCCUCCAGCUAUGCCCUCAGCGAGGACAGCGGUGUGGAGUCUUCUUCUCCUGCCGCCACUGAACUGGACUCUCAGGCAGAUGCUGUGGAAGCGGAGCAGACGAAGCUGCGUAACAUAACUGACGAGGAGAAGCAACUGCUGCAGAAGUCAUCUUCCUCGGCGAAGUCAGACUUCGGGGAAAUGGCCAAACCGUUUUUGGACACUGUCCUGCAUGCUUUGGACUGCACCGAAAACGAUUACCUGGCCCUGUUGUCGCUGUGUCUCAUUUAUGCCAUGUCGCACAAUCGUGAUGGCAUCAAGAACGAGUGGUUCGAACAGGUAUUGGCCAAGUCAACGCGCGGCGCCUUCAGCUACAAGACGGCCCUAAUUGAGCAUCUGUUGAAUAUUAUCACACAGUCCAGUCAGCCAUCAUCUCGCAUUCGCUUAAUAACCGUUGAGAUUGCCCUGGAGUUGCUGGUUACCUUCACCCGUCCCAGUUCGGAUGAGACGCGCUGCAUUACCUCCGCCCAACAGGAUCUACUCUUUAGCGCCCGCAACCAAUCAAUGGCGGUACUGCGCAACUUUUACAAGUCGGAGGAUAUCUUCCUUGACCUCUUCGAAGACGAGUACAACGAGAUGCGAAAGGCGCAUUUGAACGUGGAGUUUCUGUGUAUGGACUCCACCAUCUUACUGCCUCCCACGGGUACGCCCCUCACGGGAAUUAACUUCACACGACGCUUGCCCUGCGGGGAGGUGGAAAAGGCCCGACGCGCCAUCCGCGUCUAUUUCCUGCUGCGUCGCACGUGCCAAAAGUUUCUGAAUGAGAAGGAAUCACUGCUGCCGCUGACGAAUGUCGUCAAUCUGGUGCAGGUGGAGAACGUGCUAGAUCUGAACAAUAGUGACCUGAUUGCCUGCACCGUGGUGGCCAAGGACAGCAGCAAACAAAGACGUUUUCUGGUAAUUGACGCUCUCCAGUUGAUCCUCGUGGAGCCGGAUGCCAAACUGCUCGGCUGGGGCGUGGCAAAGUUCGUGGGUUUUUUGCAAGACGUCGAGGUGCAGGGGGACAAGGACGAUUCACGCUGCCUGCAUAUCACUGUGCAUCGCGGCGGAGUCACGCACAACCGCACCCCGUUGCUCUCGGCCAAGUUCCUGUUCGACGAUCACAUCCGCUGCAUGGCGGCCAAGCAGCGACUAACCAAGGGACGCAGCAAGGCGCGCCAGAAGAAGAUGUACCAGAUAGCGCAGCUCAUCGAGAUCCCUGGCCAAAUGGACUCGCCCGUGUUCGCGGUGGGCGGCACCAUGGCGACGUCCAGUGGCGGAGGCAGCGGCAACAGCAGCGGCAGCAGCUCGCGUAGCAGCCACCAUCGUCCCAUGUUCACGGCCAAUCGUGUACCUGGAUUUGCGGCCGUGCUGCGGGGAAACAACAGUGCCGGAGUCAGUCGCACCCAGAUGGCCCAGAACCGCUCCAUCGAGGGCAUUAGGAAUGAAAGCGCAGGCCGCUCCCGACGCCGCAGUCCCAGCUCAACUUCUGGCUCGAAUCUGAGGGCAGAUCACUCGGAUCGGGAGCGAUCGCCCAGUGUCAGUGUGGGCAGCAUCAGCUCCUCGCAGUCGCGGGAGAACUCCCAGCCCAGAAGCUCCGGUAACCGAUCGCGGGAAAGCAGUCCAAGGAUGCCCAGGCCGCGCUCGGAGGAGAUUCCCCUGGAGGAUUUCCAGCACUCGCGCAACAACAGCCCGCAUUCGCGGGGCAACCCCUCGCCCGCCUCCCGCUCGCACACGCCUAUCCGGGUGCUCCACUACGAUCAGCUAUCCGGCCACAGCGGAUCCCCCCGAGAAGCGUCCCUGGUGGGCACCAACGCCCUGCUGAGCCAGCUGAACGGCCUGGCCCGCGAAGUGGUCCCAGUGCAGAGCUCCGAGGAGACGUCCUUUAUCGGGAACGACGGAAAUGACUCCACUGGCGGCACGGAAGGCAGACGACGGGGAGCUAUUGAGACGGUCUAAUUUAGAUAAGUAAUUCUAGUAUUACACGAGAGGAGCCUUAAGCUUAGAUUGUUGCUGACAUUUUGUUAUUCCAAUUGACUAAUACGGUGGUACAUGCUCUAAUGGCUUUUCGUUUUAAAUAAAAGAUAAUUUGACGAA